CGACCUUACUUUUCUUCCCAUACCCAGCUGUUAAUACCGAGCGAAUAGCGCCUAGUUGAUUCAGUUCAAAGUCCAGCGUCUAAACCGCAUCCACAUACUAUUCACUCGCUAAAGAUCUUUUUAUAGCACAGUUAAAGUUUGAAGAUCAUAUUUAUUAAAGCUUGAUUCCAUAAGUUAUAAGGCACUAAAGCUUCAUUUUCUACUUAAGGCACCACCUCAGAUCAUCAUUACCAGAUCAAAUUAAUUAAGCUGAUCAUAGAUCAUAACCCACCACUCUAAGUCAUAUCUAUACGAUAAUACCAUUUCAUUUUGACGCUUCUCGCACCUUCAAUAGACAAAGACAAAUAAUCACAGCAUGUCACGGAGAGACUUGACCUCUAACGGGCUCCCCAACUUUCACGUCACGGACACCGACAACGACUCGCUUGAUAUUCCACACAAUCCGUUCUUGGGCCAAAACGAAGCUGAUCCACAAUCGUCCGUAGAAUCAUCGAGAUCUUCAACAUCAUCGCCUCAUGCGGACGUCGAUGCCGAAUCCACCUACGGCAGACCAUUCAACGCCUAUUCUAGUUUCUACCAGAAAAACGGCACAUCUACUAACCUCUUAUCGGAAAACGAAUCUUCCGACGGCAACCAGGCUUCGUAUUCUGGCUCUGGCAUUCAUUUACCUUCGGGAGACUCACCCAAUGUCAACAACAUCAACGUGCCGCCAGAAUAUGAUCGAUACCCUUCGAUGGCUGGCUCUCGUGUAGUGUCUUCCACUUCGCUCUCAAACUUCCUUCAGAAGGAAAGACCUGGCCUGGACUCUCAGGCAACAUCCCAGUAUGGCGACGACAACUCUUCUAGGUCCAUCAGAUCUACCAGUAACAUGGUCCACCAGGGCGACUUUUCUCCCUUCGGUGGUUACCCUGCCUCGUCGUUCCCCUUACACAUCGAUGAGAAGGAAGCCGACGACUACUUGCAUAACCCAGAUCCGGUCGUUGACGCAGAAUACGACAAAAACAGGUUCAUUUAUGAUCUUAAGAACAUGGACAAGAGAUCAUUGGGUGGUCUUAUCGGGCUUAUUGUCUUGUUCAUCGCUGGUUUGUGUGUCUUUGUGGUUUUGCCAGCAUUGACUUUCUCCAAUGUUACUCAUCACUCUUCAAUACAAUCAUACGAGAUUCUCACAGACUACACAUACCCGCUUCUCUCUGCAAUUAGAACCAGCUUGGUAGACCCUGAUACACCUUCGAGUGCCUUUAACCACACUGCUCAGAACGGCGAUGUGUGGACUUUAGUGUUUAGUGACGAGUUUAAUGCCGAAGGUAGAACUUUUUACGAAGGUGACGAUCAAUUCUUCACAGCUCCAGACUUGCACUAUGAUGCCACAAAGGAUUUGGAAUGGUAUUCUCCAGAUGCCGUCACUACAGAGAAUGGUACAUUGAAUUUGCGUAUGGACGCUUUCAAGAAUCACGACUUGUUCUACAGAUCAGGAAUGGUGCAGUCAUGGAACAAAUUUUGUUUCACUCAGGGUAUGCUCGAGUAUUCGGUUAGAUUACCUAAUUACGGUGAUGUUACUGGUUUGUGGCCCGGUUUAUGGUCUAUGGGUAAUUUGGGUAGACCAGGUUACUUGGCUACUACAGAUGGGGUUUGGCCAUAUUCGUACGAUUCAUGUGAUGCUGGUAUUACACCCAACCAGUCCUCUCCAGAUGGUAUUUCCUACUUGCCUGGUCAGAGAUUGAAUUCAUGUACCUGUUCAGGUGCCGACCAUCCCAAUCCAGGAGUAGGGAGAGGAGCUCCGGAAAUCGAUGUUAUCGAAGCUGAAAUAGCCACAGACCCCAAUCACAAAAUGCCCAAUAUCGGGGUAGCUUCACAAUCAUUGCAGUUGGCUCCCUUUGAUAUCUGGUAUAUGCCUGAUUACGAUUUCCUUUCUAUCCACAACAGUUCCACGACAGUCAUGAACACCUAUGCAGGUGGACCUUUCCAAGAGGCCCUUUCUGCUGUCACAAUGUUAAACACAACUUGGUAUGAGAGAGGAUCGGGCGAGCACAAUUUCCAGAGAUACGGAUACGAGUAUCUCAACGACAACGACAAUGGCUACUUGACGUGGUUUGUAGGCGAAGAACCAACAUUGACAGUACAUUCCAAGGCCUUGCACCCUAAUGGAAAUGUAGGCUGGAGAAGGCUUUCCAAAGAACCCAUGUCGUUGAUUAUGAACCUCGGUAUCUCCAACAAUUGGGCUUAUAUUGACUGGCCAUCACUUGUAUUCCCAUGUACUAUGAGAAUUGACUAUGUCAGAGUGUACCAGCCAACAGACCAAAUCAAUGUUGGUUGUGAUCCAGUGGACUAUCCUACGUAUGACUACAUACAGAGCCAUCUUAACAUCUACUCCAAUGUCAACUUGACAAGAUUCACAGACGGAGGCUACAGUUUCCCCAAGAACAAGGUGAUGAACGGGUGCUGAGGCAUCCACCUCUAUUAUAGAUGGCAACCCAUAUAAUUACUUUGCCUAUAUAUUAGUGUUCGGAGAACAGUAAGCAAUCAUUUAGGAAGAAAGUAGCAGACCAUUAGAAUAAAUAACUAGUAUAGAAUAAGAACAGGCAGUUAAUGUCGUCAU